CCUCAAGUCCUUCCCCAGAACUACAAGACACGGCUCGGCCAUCAAGCAAGAAUCCUUUGACCUGGACGGUGGAUGAUGUGGUUUGGUUUGUGAAGGAUGCAGACCCUCAUGCUUUAGGUCCCCACGUGGAGAUCUUCAGAAAACACGAGAUCGAUGGCAAUGCUUUAUUGCUGCUGAAAAGUGACAUGAUCAUGAAAUACCUGGGGCUGAAACUGGGACCUGCGCUGAAACUGUGUUACCACAUUGAUAAGCUCAAGCAAGCCAAGUUCUAA